AUGUAUUUGUCAAGUCUUGAGGGAGAAGAUCACAGUCUUAGUGACGCAUCAGUGGCAGUACCUGAAAGCUGCAAGUUGGAUUCUGAUAUUGAAAGGUGGCACAAUAGUACAACGUGGGACUUACAUUGGGCUCCUUGAAUCUGGGGUAGAUUUUGAUUUCCUUUUAAAGAGGAAUGAGGAAGAACCAUCUCCAGAUCUGGAAUCUUCUACCCUGAAGAAUCAGUCCAGACCCUUGAUGAGAGGUGCUGCUCCAGAGCUCCAAGAUGCUGAGAAUAUAGAGGUCACACUUCUUUUAGAGGACCAUUUGGAAGGAAAAGUUGGUAUUAAGACCUACAACGAUUACUUCACAGCCGGUGCUCAAUGGUUUAUCCUCAUUUUCCUUAUUCUAGUGAAUAUCGCAGCUCAGGUUGCCUACGUCCUGCAGGACUGGUGGCUUGCAUACUGGGCGAAUUUACAAAGUGCCCUGUAUUUUGGGGCAUAUGGAAAAGGAGAGACAGUUGUGAUGCUUGAUCUGAAGUGGUAUUUAGGCACCUAUUCAG